AUGCAAGCGUUAGUGAUGGCAACGGAGGCUAUUGAAAAGCCAGCCGAAGACGUUCCUGGAAGAGUGGGUACCAGGUUCGAUUUGGAAAAGGAGACUGAACUCAGAUUCGAAGUAGAAGCGGGAGAUGGAGCUGAACAGGUCGAGAUGGAGCUGCUGUCCGGAAUGGGCGAGGUGUUCGGUUCAGAACUCAAUCGAAACAAGAAAUAUACAUUCGGUCCGGGGGCGAAGAUUGCUGUGUUUACCUGGCAAGGCUGUAGUGUAAAUCUGUAUGGGAAACCAGAGGUUGCCUAUGUGUCCAAGGACACACCAAUGUUGCUUUACUUAAACACUCAUGCUGCACUUGAGCAGAUGAGAAAACAAGCAGAAAAGGACAAUGAAAGGGGCCCACGGGUGAUGGUUGUGGGGCCCACAGAUGUGGGUAAGUCAACUGUCUGUCGUCUCCUUCUCAGUUACGCUGUUAGAGUGGGAAGAAGGCCAACAUUUGUGGAACUGGAUGUUGGUCAAAGUGGGGUUUCUGUUCCUGGAACUGUCUCUGCACUAUGCAUCGAAAGACCAGCGGAUGUUGAGGAGGGCUUUUCUGUUCAGGCUCCACUGGUGUACCACUUUGGCUCAACUACCCCUGGAACAAACAUCAAGCUUUAUAACAAGCUCACAUCUUGCCUGGCUGAUGUAUUUUCACAACGCUGUGAGGUGAACAGAAAGGCCAGUGUGGGAGGAUGCAUCAUAAACACCUGUGGAUGGGUGAAGGGCUCCGGCUACCAAGCUCUGGUCCACUGUGCAUCUGCAUUUGAAGUGGAUGUGGUUUUGGUACUUGAUCACGAGAGACUGUACAAUGAACUGAAACGAGACCUUCCUCACUUUGUCAGAGUUGUGCUCCUUCCCAAAUCUGGGGGUGUUGUGGAGCGAUCCAAGGAGUGCCGACGCGACACUCGUGAUGAGAAAAUCCGUGAAUACUUCUAUGGUUUUCGUGGCAUAACUUUCUAUCCAUUCUCUUAUGAAGUGCGCUUCUCUGAUGUUCGCAUCUACAAAAUCGGAGCACCGUCAAUCCCGGACUCGUGCCUCCCCCUAGGAAUGUCCCAAGAUGACACACAGUUGAAGUUGGUGCCAGUAACUCCAGGGAGAGAUCUCACAUAUCAUGUGUUAAGUGUCAGUAGUGCAGAGGAUGGAGAGGAUGGUGUGAGAAAGGGUAUUGUUGAGACCCCUGUGUGUGGUUUUAUUGUUGUGACAAAUGUGGACACUCAAGCUCAAGUGAUGAAAGUGCUCUCACCAGCUCCACGGCCUCUUCCAAGACACACACUGCUCAUUAUGGACAUCAGAUUUAUGGACAUGAAGUAG